GCUGUCGCUGUCCCUUGACUUGGGCCAAAGCCGCUCAGUGUAAACGCGGCCUUACACUGAUCUAUUCACGUAAUAAAUAUUUAUUCAAAAUGUGGCUUUUAAAAGACGUGAAAGGAAAAAUCAAAUACCUGAAGCCGGGUGAAAUUCUACAAUUUGGCAGGAAACAAUCAGAUAUUGUAUUAGCUAACGACACUUCCAUUAGCCGAAUACAUGCUACCAUCAGUGUUGAACUGAAUCUUGAAUUAAAGUCAUCUGAAAUGUUGUCUACCUGCAUUGUUAAAGAUGCUGGUUCAAAAUAUGGAACUUUUGUCAUACGAGAUGAAAUUCUUCUAAAGGCUUCAAAGGAAGGAGUAAAGUUGAAACCUUCAGAUAAAAUUAAAUUUGGACUUCAGCAACAUAUCUUUACGGUGGAAUACGUUCAUCUCGUAACAGGGACUUCAAGAAUGAUUUCCAGUGAAAAAUCUAAGCUAAAAGAAAUUAUGAAUUGUAUUGGUGGAUUAGUUACGGAUUGUCAUGAUGAUAGUUGUACCUAUCUAACAAUGUCUUCCGCUACAUCUACUAAUAAGGUCAGUUUUAAAGAGAUUUAA